AUGGCGGUUAAAGAGUUUCACUCAGAUCAAGAAGCAGGAAAUGAAGAAAGCACCCUACUGCAGCUAGAUCCAUACGAAGAGGAAGAAGAGACCCUCUCUCUUUGUGACCUUCCUAUUUACAGUGGCUCCAUUAAUUCAGCUAAAUGGGAUGGUGAUUUCUCAAAAGAAGAUGAAAAAAGCUUUGGUGAUGACGAUGAUAAUCUGUUCGAGUUCUUCAGUGAAGAAUUCACCACUUCAAGUAAGAGUGCAGUUGCAGAGAACAUAAUCUUCUGCGGCAAACUCAUUCCCUUCAAGGAUAUUCCUCCACGUGUUGAUGAAAGCCACAGCACUGCACGCGGGAAUGUGCAAAAGGGUAUUGCAAAACGCGGUUUAAAGGGUUCAAAGAGUUUUGCAUGUGACUACACGUCGAUGGGGAAGGUGUCGCUGGUGAGGAGCACCACCAAGUCCAGGUGGUUUUUGUUUAUGUUUGGGAUGUCCAAGUUGUCGAGCACUACUGAGAUGGAGCUGAGGGACAUCAAAAGCAGACAGAGCCGGAGGGAACCGGCGGCGAUGUUUCCGGCGACGGAGGACGGCGAAGAAGAUGCCGUGAAGGGGAAGAAGAGAAGCUGUAAAGGGAUGUGGAAGUUGUUGAAGUCAAUCACCAUGGUCUUAGGUUGCCGCAGUAGUAAGCUUGCAAACGACGUCGUAAAGGCUGCUUUGGUGUGA